AUGACAGACCCGACCGCGACCCUGGGCCGGCCAGAGGUCUUCCAGGCCGACGUGGCGCGGGCGUCGCUCGAGCUCUUUGACGGGUGCGCUGGGCCGGACGGUCUGCUGGACGCGCCAGGGGCGGUGCGCCUCGCGGGGGAGGUGCUGGCGAGGCUGGGGCUGGACUCCGACGUGGAGGCCUCGCGGCUGCACGACGUCGGUACCGCGUUCUGGCGCUUCGACUUCUCCGAGGACGGGCGCGUGGGCAGGGAGGACGCCCAGCGGCUGUUCGCGCGGCUGGCGCGGCGGUGGCCCAAGGGCCCCGCGCGCGAAGCGGCCGCGGCCCCGACGCGGUGCGAUCUCAUGUCGAAGGCCGGCAUCGGGCAGAACUCCUUGAGAGCUGUGUUCGGGCUGAUCAAGGAGCUCGAGGGUGGCCCUCGCGGGCUAUACUCGGCGCGGGUGCUGAGGUCGAGGGACGACUGGAGGUCGGUGAGAUUCUACUCCAAGAAAUUUGGAGAUCUGGCCGAGCCUGUCGAGGACCUCGCCGAAGAGAGGGGGCUUGUGGAGGACAUCGUCCAGGAGCUCGCAGUGCUCAAGAGGCUGCAGUGCCCAGAGCUCGUGCGCCUCCACAGCUGGUUCCAAGAUCCCGACGGCAUCUACUUGGUGAGCGAUUUGGUCCCAACCUGCACGAGCUGCUGGCGGCUGCCCGCCGCGAGGAGAUCACGGAGCCGUGGGCGGCCGCCGUGCUCGGCCAGGUCGCUGGCGGGCUUGGGCACCUGCACCUCCACAGGGUCCUGCACACAGACGUGCGCGAGAGCAGGGUGGUGGCCCGGCCCGGGCGCGGCGAGGCCUGCCCCAGCUGAUGCUGGCCAGUGGCGGGCUCCUGGCGCACUACGGCGCCCGGCCGCGGGGCACGCCCGGGUACAUGCCAGCGGAGGUUUGGCGGGCCGGCCUGUGGGCGCCCCGGGGCGAUGUGUUCUCCCUGGGGGUGGUGCUCUUCCGCAUGGGGUCUCUGCUGCGGAGAGUGGCGCCGAGAUCGGCGCGCCAGUCUCGCCCUUCGGCGGCGAGCCCGGCGCCGGCUCUGGCGCGGCGGUGGCGGCUGAGGCGGAGCGCGCCACUCUGCGGGGGGAGCCGGACCUGCGCGUGCUGGGGGAGACCCCGCUCCUGCAGGACCUGGUGGGCUCCAUGCGAAGGAUCUGCCCGAGAGGCCCAGCCUCCAGACGGCCUCGCGGCAUGCGUGGUGGUCGGUGGCGCAGGAGCACCCGCGGCUGGAGCAGACGCUGCUGCCCGAACCAGUAAGAAGCUGGAGCAGAGCGCUUGGAGCAGAGCGGCUGUCAGGAGGUUCCCCGAAA